AUGGGAAAAGACUGGGGAAGGACCUCUGCCUUGGUGGGGAUAGGGCUGACUCUGGUGCAGAUCUGCUUCAUGAUGGUGCUGCUGAUGCUGAGCCUCAGGCCGGGCCUAGGAUUGGGCCCACUUGCCGCAGCUGUCCUGGAGGGUAACGAUGAGCUGCUGAAUGAAUUUUGGUCCAGUGACUCACACGACGAGGCCAAGGCCACUAAGGAGGGAGCGGGCACCCGAACCACAGAAACCUUGCUGUUUAGCAACAAAGGAGUGGUGCCACCUGGCUGGCAGAAGACAGUCCUCAGCGAAGAUGAAGUUGGAGGGAACAAGAUGCUCAGAACUGAGGCUCUCUUUCAGAGCAAAAAAGACUAUCUUAGGCUUCACCUGAUGGCCAGGGAAUGCAACACCCUGAUGGCCCCCAAGAUGAAGGAGCACAACCGCAUGCGCAUAACUGAGUACACGUUCAUCCAUGAGGAUCUAAAUACUGUCAGAAAUGUCUGUAACAGUCCUACUGUUGCCUGUGAGCUCAAGGGAGGCAAAUGUCACAAAAUCACCAGUCCUUUUGAUUUGACAUUCUGCAAGUUAUCCAGAUCAGGCCAAGUCACUCCUCACUGCAAUUAUGUCUCUUUAAUUUUUGAAAAGUUCAUUAUCAUAUCCUGUAGUGACAUGAAGGUACAGUUAAUAUCUGGACAAUGAAGCAACUUCUCCUCUUCCUCUUCCAUUCCCCUUCCUCUUUCUCAGGCUGUUUUCUGCCUCUUAGGUAUUCUGCAACAAAGAUUCUGGGAGGAGAGCUGGCCUAUUUCUUUAUCAGCUCCUCUGAAAAUAUAAUUCUUCUUUGCCCUAGCAUUGGCUCAACUUGCAUUUUGUUCCUGGGGUUAGAGGGCCGACUAGGGUAAUGAUGUAUAGUCUCUCUAGGGUCUAGGUCUCUCAGAUCCUAUCUCCUGCCCUGGAAAGAGGUUAGCAAAAAUUUGCUCUCAUCUCUUCUGUGAUUCCAGUCAUCUGUCAAUUCCCCAGUCUGUUGGGUGUUGACUGCAGGGUUUAAUGGAUCCUCUACCCAGGCUCUUCCCUGCCUCCCACCCUGAGCUUCUAGGUCAGUCACGUAAGCCUCCUGGGCUUCCCACACAGCACUUCUCUGCGGAGAAGGGAAUGGAUCUACUUGGGGAGGAGAAACACUAUGGGGUUUAAUAAAUAAAGGAGUUAAGUGG